AUGUUUAAAGAAAGUGGAAAGGAAUGUAUCCGCGUGUUUUCGGAUGCGCUCUUCGCAUCAGGGUUCGAGGGGGUGAAUGAUCCAUUGGGACAUCCGCAAGUGGCAGAGAAUUAUCAACACUUGCUCUCCCUUUCACCCACAACUGCCUCGAACUUCCGCGCUAUCAACGAAUCUAUAAUGGCUCUUUCCCUAGACCAUUUGUUUAGCAUCGUCUUUGAUUACGGUGUCAUUGCUGGUAUCGACUCUUCUGCAUUAUCAGAGCCUGUUGCGCGCCCUCUUACUUCAGAGGAGGCUCGUGUGAGUGAUGUGACAGACGAGCGGAUCGAAGCUCGAAUAAGAGAAGUGGAAGGACGGGCUCAGACGUCGAUAAAUAACUCAGAGGCAGGGAUGUUGGAAUUCGGGGAAUAUGGAGCAGAUUGGAUAAGUAGUGUCGCCCGCCUUCCACCAGACGCCUACACCCAACUUGCACUUCAACUCGCCUGGUGCCGCUCCCGCGGAUUCCUCACAGCGACCUACGAAACAGCCCUUACGCGAAUGUUCAAUGCUGGCCGUACAGGAUGCGUCCACAUCUGCUUCCUCCUUGGACUCUCCCUCGAGUUCAAGUCCCACCGAUCCCCCGAAAAACAUACACACCCUCUCUUUACCGACCCUCUUUUCUCUCGCUCUCAGGAGUGGAAGCUCAGCACUAGUGGCCUGAGCGCCGGUGACCAAUUCCGAGGCACUGGAUGGGAGGAUCGUUAUGGGAUUAAUUAUCUCAUAGCACCCCAGCGCAUCAAAUUCUGCGUCGAGUCCAAAUUAUCAUCCCUGCUCACCUCCACGAACAAGUUCAAGCAGCAUAUCGCAGAUGCGGUCCGGGAUAUGCGGGUGAUUUGCGAGGCUGGAGAGCUCGAGUUGAAAGACAGAACGAGGAAAUCAGUGGAUGGGGUCGGCACAAGGGUGCACGCACGGUUUUAGGCUUGGUGGCAUUGAUCAAGAUAAUCGCAAGCGAUCGAACACCCUUGUCGGUUUAAUAGAAGUUUGUUGGAUGCUCGAUCGAGAAUUCUACACAUGAUGAAACGGUUAUCAACAACCGUCCUUGCUUGUCGCUGCACAAUACCUGCCCAACUUGUGUUAGUGAUAAUGAUGUCCAAACUCCACUAGAUCACCCUACUCUCAUUCGCACAAAACUAAACUAAACCUACUUAUCGCAUACACCACUCAGACGCAACUGAAACGAGAAAACUCAUUAUUUAUUCCAAGAAAAAUAAAAAAUAUGCCUUUGAUCCAGAUACAACCAACCGCGCGAGCUAUCGUACAAACCAA